GGAAGCCAUAAUGGUGAAGCUUAAAGAGGAGCUCUGGAGGACUCUGCUGGAUUUAAAAGAAGUCGAGUUUAAGCGUUUCAAGUGGUUCCUGGAGCAGGGGAAUCUUCUGGAAGGUUGUUCCGGGAUCCCAGUUUCUCGGUUGGAAAUGGCGGAGAGGGAGGACACGGUGGAUCUGAUGGUGCAGAACUAUCAGGAUGAUGGAGCUCGGGAGUUAACCAAGAAGAUUCUAGAAAAGAUCGGCCGAAACGAUCUGGUUUUGGUUUUGGUAGGCAAAGACCUCAAGAACCAUAAGAAGGAACAGCUGGCGGAGACAAACGCUGAAAUCAAACAGGGGAUCCAGGAGAGACAGAAGAGGAUCGAUGAAAUCAGACGAUCGGCGGAGAUCAGCAGGAAGUCAGCUGACAGACAUAUCGCAGACAGUAGGCAGGUCUUUGAGGUUUUACAGAAGUCUGUGGAGAGAAGUCUAGCUGAUCUCAUCGAGGAAAUUAAAAAAAAGCAGGAAACGUCAAGAAAACAGACGGAAGGAUUCAUCCGAGACCUUGAGAAAGAAAUCUCUGAGCUGACAAAAAGAAGUGAUAAGGUGGAGCAGCUCUCAUGCAGCGAAGACAUCCUGCAAACCGACCAAUCACUGCACGCCAUCCCCUUCACCACGAACUGGACGGAGAUCAGUUUCACUCCACCAACAUAUGGAGGAAGUGUGGGGAAAGCUGUCAAUCUGCUUGAUGAAAUAUUCAAGAAAGAGAAGGAGAAAUUGAUUGCGAAGGCCAAGUUGAAAAGGGUCCAGGAGUCUGAACAGGAUGUGACUCUAGAUCCUGAAACAGCGAAUGCCUACCUCGUUCUGUCUGACGAUAGGAAAAGAGUCUACUGUGGUUAUGAAGAACAAAGCCUUCCAGACAACCCAGAGAGAUGUGAUCCAGGUAUCAACGUUUUAGGAAAGCAGAGUUUCUCUUCAGGAAGAUUUUACUACGAGGUUCUGGUUAAAGGGAAGUCUUCGUGGGAUUUAGGCGUCGUCAAAGGGUCGAUCGCCAGGAAGGAGAAGAUCAAUGCGAAACCUCAAAAUGGCUACUGGACAAUAUGUUUAAGGGAAGGAAAUAAGUACCAAGCCUCUGCCGUAAAUCUCAACGUUAAACGCCAGCCGGAGAGGGUGGGCGUAUUCGUUGACCAUGAGAAGGGUUCGGUCUACUUUUAUGACGUAGAUUCUGCAGACGUGAUCCAUAACUUCACUGACUGUGCCUUCACGGAGAAACUCUACCCUUUCUUUAGUCCCGGACUUCAUUACGAUGGCAAAAACUCGGCACCUCUAAUAAUCUCGCCUGUCGAUUACAGUGAUUAGAUUUGAUGCUUUCAAACAGGGCUGUCCAAACUUUUUCCACUGAGGGCCACAUACAGAAGAACAUACGAAGGGCUGGGCCCCUCAGUCGAGGUGAGGUAAAUGUCCUCUUACGUUAUGAGUUAGCAAAAUCAAUCAAAUGUAGGUCAAUUAUUCUUUAUACUUGAAUAUGCUUUAAGAAAAAAAAACAAAGCUUUCCAUCAAGUUUUAUUUAUUUAUUUUUCAGCUCAUGUGUGGGCCGUACUCCAUUUUACUUUUAGAAUUAGAUAAGGGCCGAUUCAAAAUGGUCCGCAGGCCGUAGUUUGGACGCCCCUGCUUUAAAGGUCCCCUGUUAUC